GACAGUUAAAAGUCGCCAAAGAACUGCAAUUCAUCAUUUUCAUCUCUCUUUCCAACUGCAUUUAUGCUCAAAACUUUGAAAUCUUUCCACAAAACUCCCAUUUUGCAGUCCCUGAAGUCGCAUUUGACGCCGCCAACUGGUCAUAUCAAUUAAUCGCUUUGUAAACAUUGCAAAAAUUUUCAGUGAGAUCAUCAUCCGCCACUUUAAGAUUUUUCCGUAGUGCAAGUAGCAGCUCAAUUAUGGGUCCAUUCAAGUAUCCCGAGGCACGCAAAGACGAAACAAUCGUCGACGAGAUCCACGGCAAGAAAAUUCCCGACCCAUAUCGAUGGUUGGAGGAUCCCGACAGCCCGGAAACGCAAAAAUACGUCGAAAGUCAGAACGCAAUUGUGAAGCCGUUCCUCGAGGAAGGCGGCGAAUGGCAAAAAUUGAAUGCAAAACUCACGAAAUUCUGGAAUUACGAAAAGUAUUCGUGUCCAACGCGUCACGGGGAUCGAUAUUUCUUCUACAAAAACACCGGAUUGCAGAAUCAGAAUGUGCUUUAUGUGCAAACGUCGUUGGAAGCGGUGCCGGAAGUCUUUUUGGACCCGAAUACGUUGAGUGACGACGGGACAAUUGCGUUGCAGGGAUCCGUUUUUAGCGAUGACGGCAAGUUGUUUGCGUACGGAUUGAGUGAAAGUGGCUCCGAUUGGGUGAAAAUUAAAGUUAAAGAUGUCGAAACGGGAAAAGAUUUUCCGGAGACUUUGGUUCACACGAAAUUCGUGAGAUGCGCAUGGACUUUGGAUAAUAAGGGAUUUUUCUAUCCGCGCUACCCAAAACAAGGAAAAGCCGACGGAGUCGAGACCGAUGCCAUGCAAAACCAAAAACUUUAUUAUCACCGCGUCGGCGAUGACCAAGAAAAAGACGUUUUAAUCGCCGAAUUUCCCGAAGAACCAAAUUGGCGUCUUAUGCCCGAAGUCUCGCACUGUGGCAAAUACCUCAUCUUAUACAUUAUGCAAGGCUGCAAGGACAUGCUUUUAUAUUUUGCCAAAAUCGACGGUGUCGAUAUCCAAGGAAAGCAGGAAUUUGUCAAAGUUGUCGAUAAAUUCGAGGCGGAUUUCGAUUAUAUCACGAACGAGGGCAGCGUCUUCAGCUUCCGUACUAACAAAAAUGCCAAAAAUUAUCACGUUAUCAACAUCGAUUUUGACAAUUUGGAUGCCGAAUGGAAGGUUCUCGUGCCCGAACACCCGAAAAACGUGCUUGAUUGGUGCCAUUGUGUCGACAAGGACAAGAUUAUCUUGGGUUACAUCGAUGACGUGAAGUCUGUGUUGCGUGCCAAUAGUCUCGUCGAUGGCAAAGAGAUUUUCAAGUUUGAUAUUCCAAUUGGAACGAUCAUGGGUUUCAGUGGCGAGAAGAAAUAUUCGGAAGUUUUCUACCAUUUUGUGUCGUUUUUGACUCCGGGCGUCAUUUACAAGUUUGACUUUGCGAAGCCAAAUGAGAAACCGACGCUUUUCCGCGAAGUAAAGCUCGAGAAUUUCGACGGAUCGCAAUACGAGGUCGAACAAAAGUUCUACAAGAGCAAAGAUGGCGAGAAAAUUCCCAUGUUUAUCAUCCAGAAAAAGUCAUCGGGCAAGGAUAAACGCAAGGGAUGUCUCUUGUACGGCUACGGCGGCUUCAAUAUCAACAUUCAACCGAGCUUUAGUGUGACGGGACUUGUCUUCAUUGACUCCUUCGACGGCGUUCUUGCUUACCCGAAUAUCCGUGGAGGCGGCGAAUAUGGCGAACGUUGGCACGAUGGCGGUCGAUUGCUCAACAAACAAAAUUGUUUCGACGAUUUUCAAGCUGCAGCCGAGUUUCUCGUCGCCGAAGGGUACACAUCACCCGAUAAAAUUGCCAUUCAGGGCGGUUCUAAUGGCGGAUUGUUAGUUGGCGCUUGCAUCAAUCAACGUCCCGAGUUGUUUGGAGCUGCUGUGGCGCAAGUUGGCGUCUUGGAUAUGUUACGUUUCCACAAAUUUACCAUCGGACAGGCAUGGCAAUCGGAUUAUGGAGACAUCGAGGACCCAAAACACUUUGAAAACUUGCUGAAAUAUUCGCCGUUGCACAAUGUGCGUACACCAAAGUCCGCCAAAGAGCAGUAUCCGGCAACGAUGGUGUUGACAGCGAGUCACGAUGAUCGCGUAUCGCCGUUGCACUCGUUGAAAUUCGUUGCGGCACUGCAUGAGGCCGUCAAAGGAUGCGAAUUUCAGACGAAUCCGCUCUUUUUGCGCGUUUACAGCAAAGCGGGACACGGAUUCGGGAAGCCGACAGCGAAAAAAAUCGAGGAAGCAUCCGAUAUUCUCGCAUUUUUGUGCAAAACUUUGAAAUUGGACUUGAAAGCAUAAAGUAUCAAACACUUUUGUAAACUAACAACACCUAAAAAACGAAUAAAAUAAAGAAAAAUU